UCAAGAUUCCGAUGGGUAGAAAGCAAGUAUGGAAGUUUUUGAAUACCCGCAAUAGAAAGGGAAAAGGGAUCAGUCUUAGAUAUGGAAUUUCUGCACCGGUAUUGACCUGGAACUCUUUUGAAAGUGGAGUAGCUUCCCGCAGGACAAGAGAUAUUCAAGUUACCUUUUUUCGCCCGUAGAAGUUUCGUUGAUUUGUAAUCCUCAAGCCACUUACAUGAGAAUUCGUUACAAUGUGAGACCCAAGUGUUCAUUGGUAAUAUUAAUAAGCAAUUCGUUGUCACUUUUACUGACAUCGCUGAUAUCUUCCUUUGUUUUGCUCCUUGACUUUUUUGUCCGUUGAUUCAUUAAGUAAAAGUAUCUAGUCGACCUUACAACUAUUGAUUUGCCUAGAAAAAAUGGCCGCCACCGGUGCCGAGUGUUUAGACCUCGUUUUAGAGGCGUGGUCAGCUUGUCGGCCAGAAGGUGUAAGUGUGGACGCUUCCCACCUAGGUCGAACCUACAGCUACCUGGAGACGCAACUCGGAGAUGGAUUCCUUUCACGAGAAGCGUUUCUACGAGAAAUGCAAGCUGGGUCGAGAAGCUUGCCACGGACAGUGGGCGGAGGAUCUGGUAAAGCUGGUGGGAGUAAGACAGGUAGUGGACGACGAGGUGCAAAUGGAAGUGGGGAGAGCAGUGGUAGUGUUGGUGCGAGUGGUUCGACAAGCAGUACAACUGGUGGGGGCCACAGCAAAGGAGAUGGAGCGAAGAGCAGCAAUGAUGCCGACAAAGGAGGAGAGGAUUUGCAGACCGCGAACCCGGACCAGGACCAACAUGACCCUACUACGUCUACCUCCCCUGGUCGUCGAAAUGAUGGUAGCAGCAGUGCGCGGUCCUCGUCUUCCUCCUCAUCGGCAGAAACUGCAACUGAGUCUUCCGAUGAAGAACAACCGAAGCGAAUACCCUUUUUUCUUUUUUGGCGAGGGCUUGGUACUGUACUGUUAAAAAGCGGACACUGGGAACAACAAAGAAGAGAUACGAGGUCGAAUGGGAAAAGAACCGAGGUGGACUCUUCUAUUACGGGUUCUAAAGAAGUGAGUACCAAUAGACCUGAGGAUUCAUCAUCUACCAAGGGAAUCCUUCCUUCGGGUUCGGCUACAAUAAGUUGUUCUAGUAAACAAGAAACAACCGGAACUAGUGCAGCUUCCAGUAGCACCACAUCGGGUAGUGCUAGUUCUUCUGCUGCCUCCUCUGCACGGUCCGCAGCUUCCUCAGAUUCCCCAAGUGGGUCCUCGUCUAGUAGUGGCCCCGGUCCUGUUCCUGGUGCAGGAGGAGCUACAACAACAAGUAGUUCGCAACGUAGCAGUGCGGCUGACGAGGCGCCAUCUUCAGAUGGCGCCUCGUCAGCGAGAACAGCGACUUCGUCAACACUUGCGCCCUCACCAUCAAAAGUAGCUGCAUCUACACACCAGCAAGGAGGUAGUUCUAGCAGUUCUUCGUCCUCUUCGUCACCAAAAGAUACUGCUACAACAAUCUGUUCGUCCUCUUCGCCAGCUAGGACAGCUACCACGACACAAAAAGACCCGGCAGCAAGCCGUUCACCUGGACCCCCUCGGCAGCUGCCUUGUUGCCAAUCUCUAUUCUUAGAGCUGGAAAUCCUCCGAGAGAGGAUAUUGCACAAACAUGGAAGGGAGAUCACCUUCUCCAGUCUGGAGUCCGAGAUCGACCACGCAGUUGGCAUUGCGAGCUCUCAAACCCGGGACUUCUGGGUCGAUAUUCAGAGAGGGUUGAGAACGUCCUUGUAUCUCUCAAGUGUGGCAGAGGAUCCAGCAGACUUUGUCGCAGGAACUGGAGAUAAUUCCUCAGUAGUGGCAGUGAGGUCUGGCGGAGUUGGCGCAUCUUCUGAGGGAGCCGCAUCAUCGUCUUCAUCGUCUAGUUCUUGUACAACUGGAGCAGCAGCAGCGGCAUCUUCUUCUUCAGGAGGAGCGUCAUCAACCUCUUCUUCUGGACCACGAAAAGGAACCGGAAAGGCUGUUGUGCAUGAAGAACAGUUGACGAUUUUGACGCUAGCAUGGUUAAAUGAAGCUGCGCACUAUGCGCGCGAACGAGACUCUAUCAUCAGGCAGGUGCAGGAAAUUGCAGAUGCGUUUGUUAUGAGAGAAGGAAUGGAAGACAGGAGUACGUUUCCAGUAAGGUUGUAAGAAUAAUCAACAAGGCUUUGUACUAACCGAGCGGAUAAUAUCGUCUUCCACAACAUCCACGUGAUGAAGAUACAUAAAUUACAGCUGCAUAUUAGCACUUACUUAGGUAUAAUAUCGUAGAGAACUUAAGUAUAAUAUCGUAGAGAAGUUUAGAAUACUUGGUUCCACUCUAAUCCCUUCAAAGAAGACCACAAUCACCCGCAAGAGGAGCUGCGAGAUCCACGGGAAUUCGAGCGGCGUGGCGAGAGGAGUCAGAAUUUCCAACCUGGAAAAAACGUAGUCGAUUUGAAAGGCGGUGGCCAGAUUGGGGGUAAUCAGGCUUCAUCAUCGUCAGGUGGUGGUCUUUUCGCUGGAAUCAUGCGUGCAGUAGAGCAGGUACCAGCCUCGGACAUCGAACCUGGAGGAAACAAGCGGUCGAGGCAUGACAGAAAGGAGGCAACCAGCAAAACUGCGUCAUCAAAUACAAAUAUGGGAGGCAAAAAUAACUCUCCAGCACCAGAGGACGAUGAUGUAAAUCGACAAUUAUUCAAGCCACCGAGUCGUUCAGCAGCACAGAUGCCUACAGUGCAGGAGUUUUACUCCGUUACGGAUACGACUGCAAGGGAAAUUUCGCAUGACCCCUAUGCUCAGAACACUGAGUUCCCCUAUCCUCCACCGCCAACGGACGAAGGCAGCGGCGACGAAGGAGCGCCGAAGGAGAAACGAGUGAUAACGCAGCUACCUAGAGAUGGCGAAGACAUCACAGAUGCGCUGUGGUUCGUUGAUCCAGGGAGUCUGAACGGAUUGCCGGUACUACUUGAUUUAGGGUUCUUGUGGUUUUUUAUGAAUAGCCGCUAUCAUUCAUAUGAAGAGCCGCAACAGGAACCUCAAAUGGUCCUCUCAAAAAUCAGGUCUUCAUCCACGUCUACGACGUAAGUCAGGAGAACAGCAUAAAACGUUUGAACCGGUUUACGGCACAUAAGAAAAGCCCUUUGAAAUUUGGUGGAAUAUUUCACGCUGGUGUGGAAAUAAACGGUCUAGAAUGGUCUUACGGAGCAACAUUUAGCGAAACUGCCUGUGGCGUGGCGUGUAACGAGCCAAAACAACAUCCGCAGCACAGGUAGAUAACUUGUUUCCCUCAUAACAAGUAAAGUGCUUUGGCAUUAGAAUUUACCAUAAUAUUAUUCAGUAGCGAUUUACUAAGAUGAUAGCAACUUCCGAGGAGAGUGUCCUCGCGGUUAGCACAACUCGCUGAAACAAAAAAGGUAUCGCCAAAGCAUCUAUCUUGGCCUUUCCAAGUGUAGUAAUGAAAACGUGGCUGAACUGCUUGGCCAUGCAGUCGAAAACUGGCCUGGUGACGAUUACGAUCUCCUGCGUCGAAAUUGCUGUCAUUUCGCAGAUGAAUUCUGCCUUUCUCUUGGUGUCGGUCCCAUACCCGGUUGGAUCCACCGCUUCGCACGCAUCGGCAGUACUCUCGACUCGAUGUACACUGCACUGAGCAAUUUUGGUAGGAAGUGCUAUGGCGGACGAGGGGAGGACGGUGGAAGCGAGAGGUCAUUGGAGAAUGAAGAAUUGCUGGAAACAAGUAGCGACUUGAGCAGGUCUAUCCUGCCUGAUCCAGCUGGACCUUCUGGAUUUAGCGACACAAUACCAGUUGCUAGCUUUGUCGGAGAACGAGGUUCUGCUCCAAGAAGAACGCGCGAACUGUCAGCCGCAGAACGCCGCAUGCUGGAGGAAGAUGAACGACUCGCAAGGAAACUAGCAGCAGAGACUGAUCAAGCCUACAGGGCACAGCAUUUCAGAACGACUUCCAGUAGUGCAGGGAAUGGAACUGGAGGGUACAACAACAACAAGAACGGCGCAAUUGCCUAUCUGCCCACACAUGGAAGUCCUGGAGGUGAUCGAAGUAGUACUAGAGGACUGCUGACACCAAGUGCGCAGAGCAUGGGUCCCGCACGACCUCCACCAGUGACGUAUCAUAACAACCUAAACCAUGUUGGCGGUGGAUCUGGCAACAGAACAAGCCUAUAGGUCUUGUUGUUAUAAUUGUUGUUGCUGCGACGUAUAUUUUCCUAUGAUUGCUGCUUGUUACAGGAGGUUCUCUAGGACGAAUACAGGUUGGUCAUCUAGGAGUCCAGUUCCUGUCAGGAGGAGCUUAGCCCAGGCCGUGGCCUGAUCCUUCUCGAGCUUGCGGACAGCCGCGAGGUCCUCUAUAUUGGUGGCCCCUUCAAAAACAGCAACCUUUUUUUCUCUGAAUUCUUUUUCUGAAAGGGAAAUCAGCUAGUAUAAGUUGGCGUGUGCUGAGGCGGACUCUGUCUGGCUGCCUCACUCCCAUUUUGUUCUAUUCCUGCAUGCAGCGAGGUAUGACUAUGACCUGAGAGGAAAAUACGAUUGAUGCGACUUCAAGUGCUGUCUUUCUUUUGAGUUCAGAAGUCCGGGCCACGACCCCGAUUCGAGUCACGUAAGUAAAUGCUUGCGCACUUGUAGACAAGUAAGCAACAGAAAAAACACAUUCGUGGGAAGAUGAGUAACAGAAGCUUCUUCCACUUGUGGCGUAGCCAUUCCCUCAACCUCGUAGAUUCUUGAUCAUUUAAAAUCCAAAGCCUGGAAAGAUGCGUGAUAGAAGGGUCUCCAAAGGAUGCGCUGAUGUCUGAGAAGAUAGACGCACCCAUAUCACUAACAGGCGGUCUAGAAAAAAUAGCAGGAGAGCAAUGUGGUAGUAGAAGGACAAUGUGAUACUUCGAAGCAAAACCGUGUCAUCUUCGGGAAUAUGUAUUGAAGUAGUGUUAUGAUUCAGUCUAUUAAUUAGGCGAAGACGAGAGGCCUAUACUUAUGAUACUGGUUAUUCCAGUGUUGAAUUGACAACAUGAGUCGCAUACUGGUUUGAGAGAAUUCUAUCUGUAAAUAAUGCUCCUGGGAGAGCAACAAAUAAUAAGAGAAAGAUGAUCCAAAAUUUGAUAUAGUGACUAUUCUCAUAUCGACGCUUUUGCAACAUUCUUAUUGAUCUGAUUCUUAUGUAACUAACCUCCUCCCAUAGCAGGUCUUUGAUUCCCCAUCAUUUUCUUUUAGAGGUGUGCUGC